AUGAGAGCGAAGCAAUUCUCAUCAAAUAAAUACGUCGCGCUUAUUGGAGAUCCAAACAAGCUCAGAAGGACCCAUUCACAAUACAUCCAAAUUAUGAAAUCACUUCAGUUAGAUGAGGAAUUGAAGACCAUUCAUGCUGAGUACAUAGAUAAGUACUUCCCCAAUUUCAAUGCCCCCACUAUCAAAGCAGAUGAUUUUGAAAUAUUGUCGACAAUCAGGUAUGAUCCAUCACUAUCAAAACAUCCACCAACAACGUACAACGAAAUAUCGGCUUUGAAUAUCUUUCUUCUAUCAGAACAUGUUGCGAGAUUACAAUAUACAUUCAAAUUUUUCCACCAUUUAUACAAAACACCAUUCGAUUCCGAAGUCACUGAGGAAUAUUUAUUGGCGCAAAUCGUUGAGAGUCUUGAACAGCUGGGAAAGUCUGUGGAUAAACCAUACAAGAUACGGGGAUUGUUUCAAUUAGAUGGGUCUUCAAAAUUGGAGAUUCAUGAGACAACAAAGCGAAAGAACUUACUACUGGGGCUAGAUCUGGAUCUUCACGGAAACAAUACUGUUGCUCAAGCUCUGAAUAACUUGGGAACAAAGUCCGGAGAAUGGGAUGUAUACAUAAACACCAAGAGUACUCCUAUUUCCCCAUUCACAUCAUUCAAAACUACUAAACGAGACGUCUAUAGUGAAGCAAGAAAGGUUCUUCCAGGUUUGAAACCAGGUCAGGAAGAAGUAUUACUUUUCAAUUCUCAGAAACAGUUGAUGGAAGGAUCUAUUACCAAUGUUGCAAUCAAGAGGAAAAGUGACGAUAAAUGGGUCACCCCACUAUUGAGUUCUGGUUGUUUAUGUGGUGUUGCUAGGCAUUUCUUACUAUGCAGAAAUUACAUUGAGGAGGACAUCAUUCCGAUAAAAGAUAUAUCCAUCGGGGAUGAAGUGUUGUUAUUCAAUGGUAUCAUGGGUGUUUUAAGGGGAAAAAUUGUAGGUUGA